AUGCAUGCAGCAAGUGAUACUCAGGCUAUGGACAGAAUAUAUGAGGCAGCCAAUGGGUUUAAGAAUUGGAAAGCAUUCAGCACAGAAAUACUGAAACCGGCAGGAGGUGGAAUCUCCCCCAAAGAGAGAACCCCAUAUAUUACUUUUGUCCUAGGAGGCCCUGGCAGUGGAAAAGGUACACAGUGUGCACGGAUCGUAGAGACAUUUGGGUUCACCCACCUAAGUGCAGGAGAUCUCUUAAGGAAGGAAAUAUCCUCUAAUAGUGAGAAUGGCUCCACGAUUCUUAACACAAUCAAGGAAGGAAAAAUUGUUCCUUCAGAAGUGACUGUCAAAUUGAUCAAGAGGGCAAUUGAAUCAUGUGAAAAUUAUAAGUUUCUCAUCGACGGUUUCCCAAGGAGUGAAGAGAAUCGCAAGACAUAUGAACGAGUUAUUGGCACGGGACCAGAUGUGGUGCUUUUCUUUGAUGCCCCGAAGAAGAGAUGGUCAAACGAGUGCUUAGCCGGACGAGUUGAUGACAAUAUAGAUACAGUGAAGGAACGGCUCAAAGUGUUUACGACUUUGAAUCUUCCUGUUAUUAAUUACUACACUGGGAAAGGGAAACUUUACAAGAUCAAUGCUGUAGGAACAGAAGAGGAGAUAUUUGAACAGGUUCUGCCUGUUUUUGCUUCAUGGAG